GAAUCAUCAAAUUUAAUUGUAAAAAUGUAUAUGAAGAUUAUAAAACCAUACAAAAACAAGAAAACAACCUUAAAUGUUUCCAUGAAAGGGCUUAAAGAUACGAAUUUAUCUAAAACCCCGAAAAAAAGGUGGAAUCUCCAAUCUUAAUCGGAAAAUCAUCCAAGCUUAAAGUAUUCCUUAUAAAUACAACCCGAUCUAAAAAAUUUUUAGUUAUUAUAUUAAAGUCAUAAACUAAAAAAGAAUGAAGUGUUUCCGCGUAAUUGCGACAAUUUUUCUCGCCCUCCAAGUAAUUUCUGCGUUUACAAUUGUAUCUGAAAGUUCUCAAAGGAUUAUAAACGGUCAAAAUGUAUAUAAUGGAUCAUAUUUUGGACACACGGUCUCAAUAGAACGUGGAAUGAAUGGGUUUUGGCAACACGUUUGCGGAGGAGCCAUCAUUGCAAAUCGAGCUAUUCUAACAGCUGCAUCUUGUGUUGCAAAUUUUAACGCUAUUUAUAGGGUUCGAGCUGGUAUUUUGAAUUUAAACGAACCUUUAACGCUUGGUCAAACAAUUAAUGUGCAAACUUAUAGGAUUUUUGAAACAAAUCCGAUCAAUCAACUGCAUAAUAUUGCCGUUUUAAUUUUACGGACACCUUUAAUCAUUCCAAGCGAGAAUGUAUCAUUAAUACGAGUGCCCCCAGCAAAUUGGGGACAAACAGCAUUACCAAAUCCUUCUGUGGCCAUUUUAACCGGAUGGGGUGCCACUAAUGCUACUUCACCUGGAUUAUCCGAAAGAUUACAAGCGGCUAAUAUAACUUUCACUAAUACUUGCACUGAUUUCGCACCGGCUCAAAGUAAUUAUAUAAUUUGUUCUGCGGCACCGGCUCCAGGAACUAAUGUACCAACUGGAUGUAUGGGUGAUAUGGGAAGUCCGCUAGUACUAGGAGAUCAAGUAAUUGGUAUUUUAGCAAGAUACAUAAGACCUUGUAAUUCUCGUACAGAUAUGUAUGCACGAGUGAACACUUUUCGAGUUUUUAUUGAAACUACUUUACGGGACUUUAACAUGAACUUAAAUUAACUUGUAAUUCAUUUUAUGCUUUAUAUUUUAAUUUAGUGUUUCCUAAAUUAACAUAAAUAACAAAAUUAAUAAAAUUCUUAACCUACAAA